GAGAUUAUUUGUAUUUUUAUGAGCGAACACAAUUCUACUGAACCGUUUUUAUUCAUUAUGUUUUAGAAAUACAUGGUUUUCAUAGGUCAGUGACGUGUUCUAUGUUUCGUGUAUGGUUUAGAAACUUUAGAUCAAGUCCUCUCUUGCUGCGUGCCACUUGUUGUUCCCGUGGCUCGCCGCUAGAUGUCCUCACAGCACUGACCGCAGCCUCGCGCUCUCACCUGCGCGCGCCCAGCCUCCUCCAGGUGGGAGCUGCACGUCGACGACCACUUUUCCUCACUUCCCCCUCCGCGGUCCGCUGGAGCGUCCACGAAGACAGCCAGCACUGACAGUAGUGGGAGAAGUUAGUCCAGCCUACAUCCAAACAAAACGGACCUCCAAACAAAUCCACCCUCCAGUCGCUUCCUGAAGUGCUUUUUCGCGGAAAUGGUUCACCUGAAGUUUUCCUUCCGACGGUAAAAGUUUUGAGUUGGAGAGGAAGGACGCAGCUGGGAGACGCUUCAAAUGGAGAGAGGGUGAACCAAUUCUUCUGGGUCGUACAAGUUCGUUAAGGUUGAGCUCCACUGGGAGUUGGUAUGUCAAACCGUGACUCCAUGGGGUUCGGGGACCUGAUUCCCCAGGAUGUGGUUGAUAUUUUUGCCCAGGAGAAGCACGGCAAAAGGGGCCGGAAGAAGCGCAGUCGCUCCCUGGGCCAGGCUCUGGUCUGGCUGAAGGGUAAGAAGAGGAAGAAUCUUGAUUCUAAGGGGCAAGGCCUGGGUCUAGGUCCUGCACUUGACUUAGCUUUGGAUGGGCACCCUGCUGGGAAUCAGGGAGGACACAAGGGAGGACUGAAGUCAGGAAGACACACUCAUUCACAAGCUGUCCCAAAGCGAGACGACGAUGACAAAACCCCGGCACCCCCGUUGUUCCAGGAGAACGUGUUCAUUGAGGCCAGCAGGCCCAAGUAUUUGGAGAACCUUCACUCUGAGGCCAAGGAGGGAUUGAAAAUGAUGCAGCAGGAAGAAACGAACAAUGAAAUGGAGUUCCAGGACAAUAUAAGCACAAUUUCGACAAUGACGGUCCACACAGACGGGGAAGGUGGGGGGUUUAUGUCAGACAGUACCAUUGCUGACACAUCUUCUGUUCGCUCUGUACAAUCAUCUGUGUCCACAAGAUCUUCACGCUCUGGUCUCACCAGGCAAGAAUCAACAUUCAGACCCUUGAACUCUGACAAAAAGUCAGAAAAGACCAAGACAAGGAGAAGACACAGGAAGACUGUUGGGGGAAUCCCACAGCAUGUUAAGAGAGAACUGGGCCUCGACAGAGUUGGUUGGUCACUGACUCAGAGGUUAGAUGAGGAACAACGCUAUAAUGAUGAAACUGACGACAGCUCAACCACUGAUGGGCCACAGCAAAGGGGGGCCAGUGCCAGCCUCAAUAAGGACCAACUCAAGCAGCUUGGUGACCAUGCUGGUCAUGGGGAUGAUCUGGCCCUGCUGCACCGCCUUGGUCCUGGCUUGUCAGGUGGGCUGAGUCCUCUGAACCUGGCUGUUCCUUGGAUGACCACGGCCAACAGCCUCCAGCAGGAGCCGCCUAGCCCUGUCAUAUCUAUGUCACCCCAGGCCGCCUACAUGUCCAAAAUCAUUCCCAACGCUGUGUUGCCACCCUCCAUCGAGGUGGUGGAAAUAAGCCGUGGGCGGAGUCGCAACAGCGUCCGCACCCUCAGCAAGAGCAGCUUGAUGCUGUCCAGCCCCUCCCCCUCCCGUGCUUCCUCUAGAGCCUCUUCCUCCAGAACCACUUCCUCCAGAUCCUCCACCAUCACCUCCGCCUCCCGCUACAACCCUAUCAAUGUGUCCGACAGUUCUUGUUGGAGCAACUCUGAGUCCUCAGAUACCUUGGUAUCUGACUCCUCUACCAUCUCCAGGGGCAGCACCCCGAGACAGAGGAGGUCACAGAACGAAGAUGCCUCUGCUAAAGAGGACACAAUCAGUGUCCACUCCUCUAUCAGCAAAGCUUCAAAAUGCACAUCCAAUGGCAAGCUCAUUAUUAAGGGGGAGGAAGUUAAAAAAGGGGAGCCGUUUGUGCGUUGCCUCUCUGUCAUGAAACCCAAGAAAGCUCCUCCUCCUCCAAGCCGCUCCUAUUCCCUUCACAAUAAGAUGAAGCGACGGUCACGUGACCUGGCAGAGGUAAGAGUCAAAGCAAAAGAAUCAGCCUCUGGUGAUGAAAACGAAUCGGGAUAUUCUCCUGUGCCCUCCUGCACCAUAGACAGCCCUGGAUACAAUGCUGACACGAGUUCUCUGGACGACUCUACAGGUUCGGCAUCGUUCAGUCCCAUCAGAUUCCAGGUCGAGGCACAGAAGGCAGAGGGAGCUGCAAAGGUUGAGAGAACUGUUUCCAAAGAUGCUUCACAAGAGAAACAGAAACUACUUCACGAGAAUAAGCUCAGCAAAAUAAUAUCCCCGUCCAGUGGCUACUCCAGCCAAGAUGGCGCAUCAGCACAGGUUCCUAAACAGCCCCACAAGAGAGGCAUCUUAGCAAAGCUUCAAAGGUUUUUUCCAGGCUCCACUCCUGCUGCUUCAACUGCAUCCCUGCUCAAACCUGACACCUCAGUUGAUACGGUCAUCAUUAGCCCUUCUGUAAGGGCCUUGAGAGAACUCUUCAACAUCCCUCCACCACCUAAAGUCCAUGCACCUCCCCCCCCUCCUCCAGAGGUAUGGGCCCACAGCAAGCGUUCCUUUGAGCUGCUGCUGGGACCUCCGGCACCUGAUAACCUUUAUGCUAUCAUAAAGAAGAAUCCAAAGGACAGGAGACAACAGAGGCAGUCUCCUUCUGCAUCUACAGAGAGCUCUGUGAAGAGCGUAGUGAUAGAAAGACAACACAAGAAUCCAGCUGUGACAGUGGAAUCUGUUAAUAGAUCCUUAAAUGUGCUAGAGACAAAGAAAGUUCAAGAAAGUGGGAUUGUGAGUGCUGAGAUUCACAAAGAGAACAGAUUGGCUGAGCAGAAUGUUGAUUUGAAAGGAAGCAGUAAAGUGACAGAAAAUGGCGAGAGAGUAAGUGACAUAAUAAAUGGGAUGUUAGUGAGGGCCAUAGAGAAACGUGAAGGAAGGCUGGAAGCAGUGCGAGAAGAAGAAGAAGUCAAAAAGACAUCCACACAAACGUCAGAGGUAAAGACUUACAUGGAUACGUUACCUGCCAUUUCAUUAGCACGCAUUCUUCCAUCUCCCUCACCUCCUCUGGUGCACCAUCCUCCCCAACGGACCACGGUUACUAUGUCCCCUGAGUCGUCCUGGCCCCCACCACCUCCACCACUGGCACAGGCGGGCCUCAAUGGGCAUGAUGCGAUUGAUUUCCCUCUUCCACCUCCCCCAAUGUUCGGUGAGGUGGGGUUAGUAGUACCUGUUCAGGUGCCACCCGAGAGGUCCAUUCAUAAUGGUGACUCCUCUUGCACAACUACGCCUGUUAUAUCAGUGGUAAAAACAGAAGGUGUUAGAGUGAACACUGAGAUUGAACCUCAGAAGUCCAGUCCAUCCCAGGGGAUUGCACCUCCACCCAUGAGUAUCCCACCUCCCCCACCAUAUAUGGCUCCCCCUCCACCAGUUAAUGAGGUCUCACCUCCACCACCUGAAGCGGUGACUCCUCCUCCACCACCUAAAGAGGCGGCGACUCCUCCUCCACCACCUAAAGAGGCGGCGACUCCACCACCUAAAAAGGCGUCUCCCCCUCCACCUAAAAAGGCGUAUCCUCCUCCACCACAUAAAGAGGUUUCUCCUUCACCACCUAAAGAGGUGUCUCCCCCACCACCACCUAAAGAGGUUUCUCCUCCACCACCACCUAAAGAGGUUUCUCCCCCACCACCACCUAAAGAGGUGUCUCCCGUGAGGCUCAAAGAGUCCUCUCCUCCCCUUGUUAAAGAUGUGUCCAUUGCGGUGGUAUCUCUGUCACCAGUUAUAGAGAUCUCCCCUCCGCUGGUUAUCAAGGCUUCCCCUCAGCCUCCUACAGAGGUCUCCACUCUGUCCACUGAAGAGGUUUCUUUUCCAUCUACUCAAGACAAUGCCUGUCAAUCCUCUGAAAGGGUUAGCAAGCUUACUCCACCACAAAGUAUUCCACCUCCACCACCCAAGUCAGAACAGGAGAUGGAUCUUCCACAAGAGAGCAUCCCAUUCCAAUCUGAAACCAGCCCAGUUUCAUCUGACAUUAUUCUCACUCCCCCUCAGAGUAUCCCCCCUGAGCCUCUCGUACAGCUUCUCCUCCAACCUCAGGUGGUACCCCAGAACGCUGAUGGUCCAGCAACCCAGGAGCCCCCCCCUUCACCACAAUCUGAAGUCUCUAUCCCACCAGCUCUUGAACACUCUCCUUGUCUAGAAAUGGCUCAAGAACCUGCUCCUCCACCUGUAAACAUUCCGUUACCUGUGCAGGAUCUUGCCAGUAUUAAGGACCCGUCUAGUCCUACAAGCACAGAAAAACAAGUCCCAGAACUGAUGUCUGACCCUGUUGUACAGGAGGAACCCGCUCCUAUGUUAACCCCUUCACCCAAUAGCAGCCCUGAGACUCCUGAAGCUCAGAAGCAACCAGAGGUGGAGGUCAUGAUGAGGAAGCAGCAACCUAGCAAUCCGGUCGCAACCUCAUCUGCCAGUGGUGAGGCUCCUCAGAAGCCCAUCAGGAAGUCUCUGAUCAUCAUCUCACCCACACCACCACCACCCGCCUCGCCACCUGCCAUUGUUACUGCACAACCAGCUCUGCCAAAGUCUGUUUCGGUUCUACCUGUAUCUUCAUCUACAGUCGUCUCCCCUACAAAAAAGUCUCCUCCUGCCAUGACCGCCUCCCCUUCCAUGAACCUACAAGAGGCCAUCCGUCUGAGGACUGCAGCCAGAUCAAAAGCCGGCCCCCAAUCUCGCCUCAGCUUGAACUCUCCAAAAUCACCAGUAGACCUCCUUAAGUCCCCCUCCAGCACGGCAAGCUUUAUCUUCUCCAAGAGCAACAAGAAGGUGGUGAUUGAGACCAAGCCAGCACUGAAAACCAUGGCAACCGGAGAUACAAAUCUUGAGUUUUCCUCUGUAACAAAGGGAGUCAAGGUGCCACCACCUGUUGCAAAGAAACCCAAAACUACGGGUAAAGGGAUUGACACCGGUGAAGGGAUGGAUCAAACUGCAGGACAGGAAGCACUGCAAGAGAGUAUCAUGGAUGCUGCAGAGAAAACAAAUGGGACAGCAGGUACUGUACGCCAUCAACAUGAUAUUAAAGACUGAAGGAGACCCGGGGAAGGACUUACCGACAACACUGAAAUUGCUGCAAAUUGGCGAUUGUGAGAGACAAGAAAACUGGAUUAGGAUAGAUGAAAUGCUAAUUUCAAAGAUUGCAUUUGGAAAAUCCUUUGACUUUAAUGUUAAUGGUGUGGGUCUUAAUUUUCUCAAGUACUCAUUUUGCAUUUUACUAAGAGUGAAUACAGCAUAUUUUCUUUUGCCAGAGGUUCCUCUGAGCUUUUGCGUUGAAAGACAUGGGAAUACAUCGCCCUCUAGUGUCUGAUAUUGAUUGUACCACUUAUGUCCUGCUGAAUCAGAUAUUUAGUCAGUACUUGUAACAAUGGGACUUUUGGGCGUUCAUCUGUAAAUAUAGCACGAUUUUGUACAUGUAACAUAUCCAGGAAUGUUGGAUCUGUGCUAAAGUGUUCUGUAUUUUCUCCAAAAGAGUUUCCACACCAAUUAUAUUUGUUCAAAAAUAUUAAUUAUCUUAAGUUAUUUUUCCUGUUCAGAGGGUCUCUACGCACAAUGUCGUCUUUGCAAUGUUGUUACACCCCAAUAUCAUUUAAAUCAAGUUGUUCGGCUCUUAAUCUUUUCCAAAUGUAUGUUCAUGAAACACAUGAUCUUUGAUUAAGCUCUCUGUGCAUGAUCAUUAAUGUCACAAACGAUGAGCAGACUUGUAAAGCAAUACAAGUUGUUAUUAUUUUGCUGCUUUUAGUUAAGGCAUUGCCUUUCCUCAGUUAUUGCUCAAACAGUGGGAUAUGUGUGUAAACCUAUAAUAUAGUUCAAACCGGUUUCAGACACUAAUGUAAUACAUCAUUUAUAAUGGAAAGAAUAAAGAUUUAUGGACAGAUCAAAUUGUC